CUUACCUUUAUUCCUGCCAUCCACAUGGAGGCUGAAUUAUUUUGAAGCAGAUCCUGCAAGUGCACAAUGUUGACGCGAGGGUUGAUUAGUUGUCUCUACUUUCUUGUUCUUCUUCUUUCAUCUCUAGUUGCUGACGCUAUUGCGAUUGUCGUAUUGAUUCUUUGUUUGGUGCAGGUUCUGCUUAUCUUUUCGAACAUCAUCUCGUCCUUUUGUUUCAGAAAAUCCAAUAGUGGUGUAAGUGUAAGAAAUGGUCAGCAACAGUGUUCGUGUUGGUCACUGCUACUGGUCCCCUUGUCCGUUCCGCGAUUAGAGGCUUGGUUGUUCUGUUUGCGAGAUGUGGUGCUACGAAGCACAUCCUCACCUAUAGUAUUCGCAGACGCCACGUCGUAUCUCUUUGCCACAUCUCCACGAAGAUAUCACGAUCAGCAUACAGGUGCAUCCCGAUUGCAGGAUAACAUCAGGAAAGAAAGAAGCGAGCAAGAGGGAAACGUCGCCGCAUAUGAGGAGACCGCAAGUGGGAUCAUCACGGUGUCUUCGUCCUCUCAUGACAAAAAGCACAGCGAUGGCACGGAAGAGAAAAACGAAGAACUGCAUCGCCAUGGUUGGAUGGCGGAAGGGGCGCUCCAAGAUCCGGAUCUGACGCCCGAAAUGGUCUGGAUUAUGGCUUUACAUCUGGUGGCCAUGAUGAUGUUGGAUUUCCUCAGCAAAUAUUGAGUUGCUCUCUCUUGAUGUCCUUGUAUUACUAUUAUGUUUUUAUUAAUAUUCUAGCAUGCCAUGAUCGAGAUCGCAGCAUCCUCCCUCUAAGUAACCAUGCUUGAUGAAAAGGAUUUUUUAGACUGGCUCUAACGAUAGUCUCCAACAGCUUUACCGCAGUCUAGAUGGCGUAGAGUGCGAUGGUUUGGUGCAAGCGGCUACUGUACCGCCAAUUCGCAAGGCCCCCGAUUGCGAGUAUAUUUGUGCCCAGGAAGUCCAAUGUGAGGCCUGGCAGUGGAUCAAUCGAACUUGUUGGUGUUAAGGCAUCUUCUUUGAUACCGAGCCAAGUUCCACCAUUAGGACUAGGAGUCGGUGUAGGCUUGUAGUUUUAUCUGCUACUACAAACAGAAACAGCACGAUGAGGAGACAUUCUUACAAAUGUAAGCGUCGGCCUGCGACAGCGACUCUGCAGAGCCGCUUAGUCCUCUACUCCGCAUAUUUGUAGAUAGUAGCUUUGUCUUGCUCGGCUCACAAUCGCACGUAGUACUAUGUAUAUGCUCUAAUGCUUGGGUAAUCCGUUUCCCAACCGCUGUAAGGGUCUUCGCGCGUUCUGGCCGCCACGACCACUCGAGCUGUUGCAGGCAGAACGGGACUGGUACGAUGGCCCGAAUGUUAAGGAAUGAAGGCAGCAGACUCAACGUCACGUCUUCGUGUUUAAUCAAGAUGAGAGAAGAAGAAGAAGAAGAAGAAGAACAGCUUCGACCACCUCCAGCAGUUACUGAGUAUCCUCUGAUGAUGAACUUUUAUUGCCACGUAGACUAGCACCAGGACCAGCAUUUCUCUAAGCGUUGCACGAAGAGCUUGUGGAAAGGCGAUAGCACGGAGAGCGCUGGCUUGCAGGUCAAGCAGUUCUUGUCAAGAGCCGAGCGAGAAUUGAUUCCGUUUUUUAAUCGCCAAGUCAUCGGCGGGCGCCUUCGAUGGUUCUCGUGGCGAUUCGAGGAGAGCUCGUGGGCUGAAGGCUUACGCCUUUACUCGCGAAAGGAAAGACUUUGGGAUGCGUUAAAACCGAAAGCCAAUGAUAAGGAACAUAACAACGCCGUUCAGCCACAGCCACUCGAUCAGACCACCGACACAGAGUUGCGUACAUUUCAUGAGACGAGACGAGCUUAUCGCGUUGGGCAUCAUGAAGAUGACAAAACUAUGGAUUUCUGUCAGCGCCGAGACGAAAGAUUUGCGUCAGAUUACCCUUGGGCUAGAGCUGAAACGGACACUAGUGAGAUGCGGAAAACGAACAUUCGGUCCUUGUCUUGAGGCUAUUCAUGUAGUAACUAUACUUUCCAACUUUCAUCUCCACAAACUAAUCGCGAUCAAGAAGGUAAAAUUGGAGCGGAAAGAUCUCCUACUUUUCCUAUGAAGUAGACUCUUCAAUUUUACAAGCUCGACUUCUAAUGAUAACGUUACUCUCUGCUUCGAUUGCGCAGUGCGAUUCCAGCGCACAUGAGGAGCGGCAGAUUUUUGAAUUUCGGUAUUGGUCCUUGCCUCUUCAAGGAUCCGAUGCACUCCUUUUUUCAUCACGGGCUUGCCGGCAAAGACGCACUGCUCGUGGACGACCCGCCAAUGAACGGAUUCGGGUUCGAACGAAAUCUGGGCAUGUUUCAAUUAUGCUGAGAUUAUAGUAAAUUGUAAUCUUCUUGGUUUGAAUUCGAUAUUGUGAAUGGUUCCGAUAUUUGGUAACCUGAAUUUGAUCCUAAGGGAAAACUAACAAGAAGAGAACCCUUAGGAUCAAACUCAUGUUACCAAAUACCAGAACCAUACAUAUUGGAUAAUAUCAAUAUCUUCAUUGCUUCUUGGUUCUUUCUUAGUUAGGCUGGCUCCACCGAUAAUAUCAUGCUUUGCCUCUAGUACCUCCUGAAUGGCAGUGAUUUUUUUGUCAAUGUCGGCACAAUUGGACCGAGUUCGGGAUGAGCAUCCAUUUUCUAUCUUUGAUCGAACACGUCGUUGUCGACGUCUGACUCUGACUUGGGUGGCAACUCCUGUCUAAGGCUCCUUGCUGAUUUGAAGAACAUUCUGCCGAAUUCUGAGGAGUUUGUCAGAGUCAGUAAGCUGGCUGGGUUCGAUUCAAGAGAGAUCGAGCAAUUUAGAACCCAGCACGAUCAAGGACGUCUUGCGACGGACAAGCCUGUGAGUGAUUUCGAAGCCAACGGCGAGAUGAAGACUCCCCAUGUUAAAGAGCAGCGACGCGCUUCAUCACAUGAUAGUAAGAAGAAUUGGAGCAUCAAGGGCAGGAGUAAGGGCGAGCGCACGACAGAGGGAGGAUCUUCGUCAAAGCUUCUCUCUGGUUGUCGAUACUAUCGCAACACGCGGAUAGUUUUUGAUACGGUCACGCCCAGCAACGUGGUUUCCACUCUACGUCGACGCUCGAACGGGACAUGGUUUACGAAUAAGCCAAGUAGACCAGCAGCUACCUUAGAACGGACGAGUACAAAUGAUCACGGCGUCAUUGAAACGGCGGGGUCCAGUUCUGGCGGAACCCGCAAAGAUGUUGACGAGGAGCCUCCGAUAGAGUUUGUGAUUGUGGAUAUCGACUCUCAUGAUUAUCAAAUCAUACGGGAAAUCGUAGCACAUGGGCCGAAAGUGUUGGUGUAUAUGGUCGAAAUCGCGACCCAUUUCCCGCCACCCUUCAAGUAUGCGCAAAUUUAUCAGCCAGAAGAGGUCGUUAAGGUACAUUCCAAUUUUGUGUAGAGGAAUCUAAGUAGUACUCCUAGUUGUGAUUGUGUAGAAGAAUCUAAGGAUCACCGAAUGCUGCACUUCAGGAAAAAGGUCGUGAAUAAAUUUGAAACUCACGUCAGUAGAGUCCUCCAGUCUAGCAACUUUUAAGUACACGUAAGGCAUCUAUAAGUACAACCCUCCUCCUCCUGCAACAAAAUUCAGUGAAGAAAAAAAGACGAAAGCACAAUUAUGUAUGCAUAACAAACUGCAUCUCAGUUUUCCGAAAAGUUGCGUUCUGGUGCGUACACAACACGCUAUGAAGGUCUGGCAGGUGUUUCCUUUUCCAUGAUUUUCGAUUUGCUGAAAGACACCCACGAUUUCCUGAUGUUCCCUGACCUCGGAGACGCAGUUUUUGCACACAAAGAUCUGAGGCCCCACUUGGAGCGCGAGUACGGCAUUCGACUGCCCAUGGACGAAUUUCUCUGCUUCGCGAAAAGCUAUCUUUGUUAAGGCCAGGCCAGGAGUGCGUAGGUACUUAUGCUUUUUCUUCUGCUUCCUUCAUCGAAUUAUAAGUAAAAGGAGUCUCUUACUCUUAUUUACGACUGUGAUCGUUUUUUGUAUCACCCGCAUGCGUUGUGCACUUUCUCGGCCAGUCUUGCACCGUCGCAGAAAAUGUUUCGUCUUGUCAAUGAUCCUAUAGAUACGAUCACCAAAGACGCAAUGACGAUGUUGCUUUACUUCUCUUUGUUUUGUAGGUAUAUCUACAACAUGCAAUGUGAAAGCAAGAAGUAGGUUAUCUACUUAUCAUUCGUAGGUAGUGGUAGAUGAACUACAACAUUACAACAUUUACAAUUUGAAAUGGAAAUCAAGUUUAAGAGCAAAACAACCUCGUCUAACUCUGGUUCAUGUACCCAACCGAUGUCGUGCGUCAGUGGACAUUUAUGCAGAACUUUUCCAAUGUGCACAACGUCCUGCCAUGGCUCUGGCGAAAUGUGACAGCAUCCGUUGACGACACAGGAUUUGGCAAAGAGGACCACAGCUUUUCUCUGUACAUCUGAAGGAGAAGGGUAUCCAGACCUGGGGGGUUUUGGAGUGGAAAGAUGCAGAGUAUACACGGCGUAUCCAACACACGCGGAAAAAUAUCCAACGCCUUAGAACAUGGAUCAUGGAUUAAAAUGAAUACGCAGUAAAGACGAGAGGGUGAAAGUGAAGAUGCUCUGAAUCAUGAAGUUGAAGGCAAUAUCAUUAUCAUUAUAGCUAGAUACUGACACGCUUACGCAUAUCCAACAACAUCGUGCAGGCACAUAUUCGCUUUGUUCUUUCUCGCUACGCCUACGCUAGAAUUCUAUUCGCGGCUGUCCAUUACCGGUUUUACUCUUCACUUGCAAGACGAGUCACGGUUUUGGAGUUUUUCAUUUGCUGCUAACAUAGUUUGCGACAGCUAAGCUGGCAUUCACUCGCGUGGAGAAGAUGUUUUCUCUUGUUCGUGAUCGCUUGUAGGAGGCCUUUCUUCACUUGUAAAAUUAAGUUCCGUU